CUGGAAUGUGGUAGAUGACCUGACAGCAGGACUUUUAUGGAAACUCGCAGGCUGGGAGUAAGUGCAGCCAAAUGGCAUCCAGUCUGAUGAGAGCAGCAGACCAGGAGAAGGACAGCUCUGCAGCAGCAGCCGCACGCAAGGAGUAGCUCAGUGUGGACUAGUGGAGGGGAUCUGCUGAGCUCAGGGUGACAAAGGACAAGCCAGGGUGCAGCUUAAUACUAUCCCAAGUCUGGCACAGCAAGACGACGACUCAGCCAGGAAUUACUGGAACUGUCUCAUCCUCGGCAACACAACUGACCAUAAAGCUCUCCUCUGGGGAAAGGCUGAGUGAGAAAGAAAUCUAAUUUCCGGGGGAACAAAAGGGAAGGGAUAAUAAUCAUGAAUGACGUGGCUCAAAAGGCUGAGAUUCUGCUCUCUUCAACUAAGCCUGUCCAAAAAUGCUACGUCCCCAAGCUUGAAAAGGGAGAUGUAAUGAACAAAUUUGAAGCCAUGCAUAAAGCCAGAGAAGACAGGAGCCAGAGGAAAACCACAGAGGAAAGACAGCGGAGGAAAGAGCAAUAUAACAGAGAGAAAAUCUGGAACAAAAGGAAGCAAGAGAUGAAAGAACUGCUAGCUUCUGAUGAUGAAGAAGAAGAUAAACCCAAACAGGUAGAAAAGGGAUAUGUUCCAAAACUCACCGGUACAGUUAAGGGGAAAUUUGCAGAGAUGGAGAAGCAAAGACAAGAUGAAGAGAGGAAAAGAAUGGAGGAGGAGAGAAAAAGGAGGCUUGAACAAGACUUAAAGGAGAAAAGAAAGAUUCAGCGUGAACUGGCCAAGAGAGCUGAACAGAUUGAGGACAUUAACUGUGCGGAAAGUGACUCGGACAUGGAGGAAGGAACUGAAGAAGUUGAAGUUGCGGUCACGCCAGAAAAGGCAGUUAGAUCUCCUGGAAAAAUAAAUAUUCAUUUUGAAGAUUUGGAAAAAGAGAGGGAAGAGGAAGAAAAGAACAGACGUGAAGAAGAAAAAAAAAAAAGAUAUGAUGAACAUAGGAGGUCAUUCAGAGAAGCUAAGAGACGUUCCUCUGCUAUGGAUGAUACAGAAACCCAAGACAAGAAGAGCAAAGAACAAAUAACACCUGGAAAACUCAAAUUAACAUUUGAGGAGAUAGAAAAACAAAGGCAGGAACAGCAGAGAAAGCUAACAGAAGAAGAGGCUCGUCUGCGGUUAGAGGAGGAGAGACGGGCAUUUGAAGAAGCCAGGCAAUAUGCGGUCAAUGACGAAGAUAAAGAAGAAGUCAACACACACAAAGACGAACUCCGUCCAGGAAAACUGAAGUUGAGUUUUGAGGAGUUAGAGAGACAGAGAAAGGAGGAGGAGAGGAUAAGAGCAGAGGAGGAGGCAAGAAGGAGGAUGGAAGAAGAAAAGAGAGCAUUUGCAGAAGCAAGGAAAAGCAUGGCAUCCAAUGAGGAGGAGGAUGAUGAAAAAUUCAGACUGGAGGAUACAAAGGAGUACAGCCAACCUGGCAAACUGAAAUUAGGUUUUGAAGAACUGGAAAAGCAAAGAAGAGAAGAGGAGCACAGGAGAGCAGAAGAUGAAGCCCGGAGGAGACUGGAAGACGAGAGGAAGCAGUUUGCAGAGGCAAGGAAAAACAUGGAGCCAGAUGAAGAUGACCUGCCACUCAGUAAGACUACAUCUCAGGAGACACUUGCACCAGGUAAACUGGAUAUAAACUUCGAGGAACGUCUCAAACAGAAAAAGGAUGAAGAGAAAAGAGUAAAAGAAGAGGAAAAAAAACAAAAGAUGGAACAAGAAAAACAAGAGUUUGCUCAGUUACGACAGGAGAUGGGAGAGGAUGAAAUAAAUGAAAGUUAUGAGGUAUUAAGUAGAGAGUAUGAAGAAUUGAUUAAACUAAAGAGGGCAGGCUCCAUUCAAGCCAAAAACUUAAAAAGUAAAUUUGAAAAGAUUGGAAAACUGUCAGAAGAAGAAGUACAGAAAAAGGUGGAUGAAGAAAGGUUGAGAAGAAAGGCAGAGGAUGAGGAACUGAAAGAAAGGGAAGCUGAACAUUUUCAAGAGGAUGAAGAGGUCGAUGUGAGGCCAGCAGCAAAGAGCCAUGCACCAUUUUCACAUAAGGUUAACAUGAAGGCUCGAUUUGAACAAAUGGCAAGAGCUAGGGAAGAGGAGGAACAGAGGCGAAUUGAAGAACAAAAGCUCCUAAGAAUGCAGUUUGAGCAGCAGGAAAUUGAUGCUGCUUUACAGAAGAAGGAAGAUGAGGACGAAGAGGAAACCAGUGUCAGUGUCAAUGGCUCACAAUAUGAAGAUGAGGAGGUGGCUCGUUCAGGGGCUCCUUGGUUUAAGAAACCUUUAAAGAACAUGUCUGUGGUAGAUGGGGAACCGGUAAGGUUUACAGUAAAAGUCACUGGAGAGCCAAAGCCCGAAGUGACAUGGUGGUUUGAAGGAGAGAUGCUACAAGAUUCUGAAGACUAUCAAUAUAUUGAACGAGGGGAAACCUAUUGCCUUUACCUACCUGAAACCUUCCCAGAGGAUGAAGGAGAAUAUAUGUGUAAAGUAGUGAACAGCAGGGGCACCGCUGCAAGCAGCUGCAUUCUCAGCAUUGAAAGUAAGAGUUAAUGCUUUAGGAUGUCAUUGCAUGAGUUCUAACACUUAGCAGGACACUCAUAUUCUACUCUUUUUUCUUGCUUUCUAGCCGAUGACUAUUAACCUGCUUUUACUGGAGACUCCCCCUCUGACUCUCAUUGCAUCCAGCCUUCCUUCAGUGGGCCAAGGGACACGGGAAAAACUCCACUGCCUAUUAAUAUGCCAUUCCUAAGUGCUGGCCUUACACUGCAUGUGUUGCUGCUGUUGAGUAGAGAUGCUGAACAGUGAUGCAAGGGCUUUACAAGAAACACCGCAUAUGGGAAAACAGCAGGAUUUCAUAGUGUAUUUAAUUGUCUUUAUAUACUUCUCAUGCCAACUUGAUUUUUAUAAACAUUCUUUGGGAAAUGAGAUGCGCUAACUUUUUGUUUUAAGACGGACAUGUGAAAUUGAAUGAAUGCCUUGAUUUCUUAAUAAAUGAUUUGUUCAAAC